AUGUUCCUACUUUUGUUGGGUGUAAUAUUAAUCGCCUUGUACUUUUAUGGUACGAGAAAUUUUAAGUAUUGGGAGAAGAGAGGUGUGAAAUAUGAAAAGCCGUUGAUUUUCGUCGGCAGCAACUUCAAGCAAUUCAUAGACAAUGUCAGUGUGUCUGAGCGAUUCGCUGCUCUUCACAGAGCAUAUCCUAACGAAAGGUUUGUUGGAUUUUUUGAGGGCAAUGGACCCGGGCUACUUAUCCGUGACCCUGAGCUUAUGAAACGUAUCCUCGUCACGGACUUCCGUUACUUCCACCGAAGGGGGCUUCAUCCUCACAAGACGGUGGUAGAACCUUUAAUGAGAAAUUUGUUCACUGCUGAUGGCGAUGUAUGGAAAUUGAUGAGACAGAAGUUGACACCGACCUUUUCAAGCGGUAAGCUAAAGGCCAUGUUCCCGUUAAUCGUUGAGAGAACCGAGAAACUUGAAAAGAUUGCGGAUGAUUUAGCCGAGACUGGCAAAGAAGUAGACAUAAGAGAACUCAUGGCGAGAUACACGACUGACUUUAUCGGAGCUUGUGGAUUUGGAAUCGACUCAACAGCCUUAAACGACGAGGACUCAGAUUUCCGAAAGUUAGGCAAGCGUAUAUUCAAAAUAACGAAGCGAGACCACUUUGUGUCUUUGCUAAAGAGAAUGGCUCCGGAAACAUUUAAAAAUCUCACAUUCUUAGCACCAGAUAUUGAGAAGAAAACCAUUUCACUUGUUAGGCAGAUCAUGGCGCAAAGGAAUUAUAAGCCGUCGGGCCGAAAUGACUUUAUUGACAUGAUGCUCGAAUUAAAACAAAAGGGCAAAAUCACAGGUGAGUCCGUGCAGCAGCGUAAUCCAGAUGGUACUCCAAAAAUAGUUGAAUUAGAACUCGAUGAUCAAUUGUUGUCUGCCCAAGUAUUCAUCUUUUUCGCUGCUGGAUUUGAAACUUCUUCUUCAGCUAGUAGUUUCCUUCUUCACAUGCUAGCGUACCACCCAGAAGCUCAAGAACGCUGUCAGAAGGAAGUAGACGAAGUGCUUCAGAGGUACGAUGGUAAACUUUGCUUUGAAGCAGUAAAGGAAAUGAAGUAUAUGGAAAUGGCUUUCAAAGAAAGUAUACGCUGCCUGCCAUCACCAGGAUUUCUGCUACGAAGGGCUGCAUCAAAAUACACAAUACCAGAUACGAAUAUUACCAUAGAUGAAGAUACGCUCGUGAUAAUGUCAACUGAAGCCAUGGCCUCUGAUGAAGAUUACUUCGAGGACCCAGAGAAGUUUAUUCCCGAAAGAUUUCACCCGGACAACAUUGAUAAAAUAAAGAAGUGCACUUUUAUGCCCUUCGGAGAUGGUCCCAGGUCGUGCAUAGGCGAGCGCAUGGGUAUAAUGCAGUCGAUGGCGGGAGUGGCUACCAUUUUGAAAAAGUUUACUGUUUCGCCAUCUCCUAAUACUAUUCGCAAACCUCUCAUCGACCCUUAUUCUCUUAUCGUUCAGACAAUUAUUGGUGGCUUACCUUUAGCCCUUAAACGAAGAACAAAUAUCGUUAACUAG